AUGAGGGGUGAGCGGAGAGGGAAUGACAGAUUGAUCGAGGGGGAGGGGGAGGGGGAGGAGGGGGAGGGAGGAAAGGGGGGGGGAGGGGGGAGGAGGGGAAGGGAGGAAGGGGGGGGGGGUGGGGGGUUGGUGGUGGUUGGAUUAGGGUUGUAUGGGUUGAACGGGUGCGGAGAAAUGAGGGGAAAGAUGCGAGAAGGACAGGGAGAAAGGGGGGAAUGCAGGGUGGAUGGAGGGAGGGAUGAGGAGCGAGUGAAGGGGGAGAGGAGGCAUGGUAGGGGAGGAGGGAUGGGAGGUGAACGAGACUGUGUGUUUGGGGGGGGAAAAAGGGGGGGAGGGGGGGGGAAAGGGGAGGGGGGGGGGGAGGGGGGGGGUGAGCGGAGAGGGGAUGAGGAGUGGGUGCGGGGUAGGAGGGGGGGCGCCCACGUUUUGUUGCUCGGUCGCCCUGGCAACGCCCUUCCGCAAACAUCACAUUUGGCCCUCUCGCCUUCCGCGUCGCCCACGCUUCCUCCCACCGUCGCCCACGUUUUCCCCCACCGUCGCCCACGCUUCCUCCCACCGUCGCCCACGCUUCCCCCCACCGUCGCCCACGCUUCCCCCCACCGUUGCCCACGCUUCCCCCCACCGUCACCCAUGGCAAGUGGUGGUGCGGCUUUGGAGCAGAGUGUUGGGCACACAGCCAGGGCAGCGCGUGCAGGCGGGCAGCAAGGAGUGCAGUGCUGCAGGGGGCGGGUUAGGGGAUGCGGAGCGGGGGAGGCGGGGGUUAGGGAGAGAGGGUGCAGGGAUCCUCCUAUCUCCCUUAUACCCUGCCACACUCUUACCUCCUGCCCUCCUCCCUUACUCCGUUCCGUGGGGCCCCCACAGUCGUCCUCCUCUCCCUCUCUCUUCCUCCCUUCCUCCAUCUAUCCCACACUCUCUGCCUCACUACCCUCUUUCCCCUUUCUGUUGCCCGUUCUCCCUCCCUUCCUCCCGCCCUCCCUUCCUGCCAUUCUCCCUCUCCUCAUCCUCCCUCGAUCCAGUCCCCCUUUUCCUUUCCAUCUCCCACUCGCCCACUCCCUUCCUCACGCCAACCCUGCUCCUCCGUUCCAUCCAUCAUCUCAUCAGCCCAUCCUCUCAUCCACCCACCCUCUCAUCAGCCCAUCCUCUCAUCCGCCCAUCAUCUCAUCCGCACCUCCUCUCAUCCUCCUUUCCUCUCAUCCUCCUUUUCUCUCAUCCCCCUUUCCUCUCAUCCUCCUUUCCUCUCAUCCCCCUUUCCUCUCAUCCUCCUUUCCUCUCAUCCCCCUUUCCUCUCAUCCUCCUUUCCUCUCAUCCCCCUUUCCUCUCAUCCUCCUUUCCACUCAGCCCCCUUUCCUCUCAUCCUCCUUUCCUCUCAUCCCCCUUUCCUCUCAUCCCCCUUUCCUCUCAUCCCCCUUCCCUCUCAUCCCCCUUUCCUCUCAUCCCCCUUUCCUCUCAUCCCCCUUCCCUCUCAUCGCCCUUUCUCUCAUUUGGCCUUCAUCCUCCCACCGUCGCCCACGCUUCCCCCCACCGUCGCCCACGCUUCCCCAUAAUGUCGCCCUCCCUCCUCCCUACCACUCUCCCACCCACUCUUUCUUUCAUCCUCUUGCCUCUCCACCCUGCCGCCCUUUUUGUCCGACCCACUUGCCUACUCUCUCGAAUUUCUCACAUCCUCCCAUCCACCCUUUCCCUUCCAAGCCUGUACACUCCUAG